GAACCGUCCACUUUUUUCCCAACUGAAAGAGAAACACAAAAUGGCUGCAACACGAGACCAAAAUGGUCGAAAGCGAGCCAGUAAAUGGGACACUCCAGCUCCCAAUACGGGAUCGGCAACUGAAGCAGCACGUGAAGCUGCACGAAAACUAAAUGCAAUGCUUGCUGCCAAAGGAAAAUUAACGACGAAUUCAACACCACCAUUACUGCCUCCAAAACCUAAGUCUACUGCUGGAACAACUGGUAGUUCUACUUCCGCAUCUUCUCUCUUCACUGAAGAAAUUGAAAUAAAUGACUCGCCUAAAAGGCUUCUUUUGUGUCAAAGCAAUGUCCAGUUUGAGAUAAACAAGUAUUCAGGAGCUGCAAUCAUGAUAAAAGGCCAGUACAUUGCUCCAUCAGAGAAAGGAAAUAUGACCAGCCAAAAGCCAUUGUAUUUGUUGAUUCAAUCACCUUUUAAAGAUAAAGUGAAUUUGGCAGUACAACGAAUCAAGGGCAUCAUGAAUGGCGAAGAUCCUUUUACACCUCCUCCUUUCCCUCCACAAAUGCCCCAAUCUGGCCAAACAUCAACCUUGCCUUCAGGGAUGUAUUACAUUCAAGAGAAAGUGUUUAUUGGUCUUGAUAAUGUUCAACCUGAAUUUAAUUUAAGAGAGAAGAUUGUUGGACCAGGGGAAAGUUAUUUCCAACAUAUUACAAAAGAAACUGGUGCAAAGGUUUGCCUGAGAGGAAGGGGUUCAGGUUUCAUGGAACCUACAUCAGGACGAGAAGCAUUUGAAGCGCUAUAUGUUUACAUAAGUCAUACUAAUUAUGCUGGUCUGGGAUCAGCUAAGAAGCUAGUUGAAAAUCUUAUACAAACAGUGCAUACUGCUUACCAGCAGUUUCUGAUGCAGCAGACGUCAAACUCAUAUUAUCCAAAUUAUGCAGGUUACCCAAGUCAAAAUACUGGUCCACCUCAAAAUCCCCCUCCUGUUGUAUACAAUAUGCCACCUGUGUCAGGGUAUGGCCCCCCUCCAGGUUCAGGUGGACCACAACCACCGAGUUCCUACCCCUCGUAUCAAUACCUGCCUCCUAACAGACCUCCCCCCCACUACAAUCAACAGUCACAGCCUGUUGCGAACCCUAAUAUCCCUCACGGCCCCCCAAUGCACUCACAUUCAAUGUACCCUAACCCGGGCUUACGUCACGAGGGUCCCAGACCUCUGAUGGAUCAACACCCCACCUACGGGGAGCCUCGACCCUCCCCAGAAAACGCGUCGACACUUUACACCCCUGAUUCUCCAACACAACCGUGUCCAUCGCCCACACAAUCAAGAUUCAGUUCUGACGACAGGCUGUCCGUAUCAGACUCUAGUGACAGUGAUAUCGAUGUAAAAUCAAAGAGAACAGACGAAACACCUUCAGAACAAUCCAAACCAGCCAAACGACGCUUCACUGAGGCACCAUCAACGAAAACCACGCCAGAAACCGCUCCAGAAUCACUCCUUUUAGAUCAGAGAUCUGUAUCUAGUUUAGAUCAACAAUCAACUGAAUCCCAUACACCAGGUGACGACACGAGGGGCGACCUUAUGGCGCCUCCUGUUCUCCCUCCUCCUAAAUUGAAAACGAGCAAUGAAAAUAUAAAAAAAGACACCGCUGGCUCGACGGACAGCUUUAAGAUGCCGCUUAUGCCACUUUCGAAAGUUUUAUCGGGUACAAGAAAGAGCCAGUCUGGUGGUCCACCUUUUAGUUUAUCAAAACCACCUGAAAAGAAACGAAAACUUGAGGAAGCUGGUGAAGAGAAGAAGUCCACUGGUAUUGCUCUCUUGGGAUCCUAUGAUGACGAUAACUCUUCAGACGAAGAUUAAUGUAGAUAAUAUGGAUAUUUUACGUAGAUGUAACAGAAAGGGCCUUUACCCCUCCCUCUCCCCCGCCCGCCACCCACCCCCUUCUUGUGCCCCUCCACUCCGUAUAAGAUAAUCAUUUAACGA